AGCCUGAGCAUCCGCUUGUUAAAGAGGAACUGCGGCCUGGUGUGCCUUUGUAUUGGAGCACUGAUCGGCGUGCCAUGGAACAGAGGGCUAGUUAGACAGCAGAAGGGGGCGGCAGCCAACAGUGACUGUUUGGUGCUUCAGGUCUUUAACCCUGAAGCGUGUGAGAUGGAGAAUGAG